AUGGCCUCAAUUCUCACCGUCGCUCUGUUUGCCCUUGGCGCCGCUGCGUUGCCCAGCGCUGCUUCACCUGAGCCAACUGGACUUUCUUACCCAUCGGGGUUUGAUAUGAAAACAAGCUGGGCGCAUCUGAGCCCGUAUGUCGAUGCCCCCGGGUUCAAUGUCUCCAAGGGCUAUCCUGCGGAAUGUGAGCUAUCUCAAGUCCAUGUGUUACACCGCCAUGCCCAGCGGUAUCCGACAUAUUACCCCUUGGAUGGAGAAGGCAUGGAACGGUUUGCUCAAAAGUUAGCGAACUAUUCCAAGAAACACCCCCAAAAACAAGUGGGCUCUGGCCCGUUGUCAUUUUUGAAUGAUUGGGAAUAUGUUCUGGGCUUGAACACCCUUCUUCCUACCGGCGCUGCCACCGAAGCCACUGCAGGCGCGCUGUUCUGGAGCCAGUACGGGCGACUGCUCUAUCGUGCCAAUGCUAGCCAAGCUAAUUGGGAUCCCUCGUUGAAUGUGUUCCCGAAUGGCACAACCCGACCGAAGCCAACGUUCCGUACAACUUCAUACCCCCGUAUCUUGGAGAGCGCUCGGUGGUGGCUCGGUGGUUUCUUCGGGAACACCGGAGCCAACAGCUCGUAUGCCGAAUAUGACUUGACCAUCAUCCCUGAAGUGGACGACUUCAAUAACACGUUGUCAUCAACCAGUUCCUGCACCGAGGGCUUGGAGCCGGGCGAUACAUCUGGUGAAGCAUUUGCCUCAUCCUCUUUAGUGAAAAAUGCGGCUAAGCGCUUCGCUGCGCACUUGCCUGAAGAUUUGAACCUGGAUACAAUUGAUAUCGUCGCAAUGUUCAACAUGUGCCCUUAUGAAUAUGCUACCCUUGGCAGCUCGUCCUUCUGUGCGCUUUUCACCGAACAGGAGUGGCGCGACUUUGAAUACUUUAUCGAUCUACAGUUCUACGGCAGAUAUGGCUUCGGCUCUCCUAGCGGACGUGCUCAAGGCAUUGGUUACGUCCAAGAGCUAGCUGCACGCUUGCAGUCCAAGCUUAUCAUGAGCAGCCAGAGCAGCAUUAACUACACAUUCGACAACAACACCAAGAGUUUCCCCUUGAACCAGCCACUGUAUAUGGACAUGUCUCAUGACGAUAUCAUUGUUUCUACCUUGACGGCUCUAGGCUUGGACUACUUCAAGUACAGCCCUCGUGGCCUUCCCGACUCAGUUACGCAUGCUCCACGCCGCAACUUUGAUCUCAACCACAUGACACCCUUUGGAGCUCGCCUUUUCUCUGAAAUCUGGACAUGUCCCCAGGGGGCCUCGCUUAAGCACCUCCGGCCACAGAAGUACAGCAAUCCGGACCUCUCCUCCGAGUCCAAUACGACCGAUUACAUCCGUUUUGUCCUGAACAAUGCUCCCUUGCCACUUGAUGGUUUGAGCGCAUGUGAUGGAUCGGUGAAUGGAUUCUGCAAAGUCAGCAAGUUCCUCAGUGAUAUUCCGAAGUUGAAUGAGGAGGCAAUGUACCAGAAGGCAUGCUUCGGCGAUUACAACAUCACUACCCAAGUUGGGAACGGGCAACCCAUCAAGCCUUGA